CUUUUUAUCUUUUAAAUUAAACUAACGAAAAAAGUCUGUUGGUACAAUGGAAAUUUAAUUAGUUUUAAUUCAUGAUUUUAACUCAUGUGUAGAUAGGGAUCUUCUGUUUGCCACCUUGUGGGGUAAUUCCUCUUCAUAAUCAUCCCGGCAUGACCGUGUUCUGCAAGCUUCUAGCUGGAACCAUGAAUGCCACGUCAUAUGAUUGGGUGCAGAAUCACCAACAGUUUAACCGUUGCGAGCAGCAAUCUGGAAUCCGGCUAGCAAAGGUUCAUUUUGAUGCAGACAUCACUGCACCGUGCGAUGCAUCAGUUCUAUUCCCGGAAUCAGGAGGAAAUUUGCACUGCUUCAAAGCUCUAACACCAUGUAUUCUACUAGAUGUUUUAGGGCCACCAUACUCGGAAUCUGAAGGCCGUCAUUGUACAUACUAUCAAGAUUUCACUUAUGACUGUUUUUCUGGUAUGACAGAAGAUGUUAAAGAAGUGAAGGUGGAAGAAGAUGGCACAAGAUAUGCAUGGCUUAAAGAAAAAAACGAGCAGUUCGUGGUGUUAGGGGGAACAUAUGAGGGUCCUACAAUUCAAAUAUAAAGACCAUAACUUGUGUAUAUAACUCUUCUAAGUAGCCAAUCUUGGACUCCUAUUGGUCUCUUCAGAAUUCUUCGCAUAGCUACAUGAGCAUACAAAGAAAUUUCAGUUGAUAUUUUUCAAAUUAAGUCAUUUCUUCCUCUAUUUAUCAACUCAUCUGUUUGGUA